AUGGGUUCAGGUUCAAGGUCAGUUAAAAAUUUGGAGAGCACUGAUAUUUCUACUGAGACAGAAGAUGAUUUAGAAAUAGAUGAAGAACAUCAAGAUCACUUGAAUGAGGAAGAUGAGGUAUUGGUGAACGAAGAAUCGAAUCAAAAUACUGAUGAAAAAUUGAUUGGGGAUAAUGAAGAUAAAGAUGCUCAUGAAGAUUGUGAGAUGGGACCUUUGAAUAUUUAUGAUCCCGGAAAUUGGGAUACGAUUGAUCACAAUUUGAUAAAACAAUUGCUGAGAUUGAAGGAACACGAGACUAUAGAUAAGAGUUUACAAGAACAAAUCAGUAAAGAAAGAGAACAUUGGCGACAAGUAUUACUAAGAAUAAUUGCGCUUGUAAAAACUCUUGCUAAUAAUAAUUUAGGAUUUCGUGGAGAUAAUGAGAAAUUUGAUCAAGACAACAAUGGCAACUUCUUAAGCUUCAUUCAGAUGAUUGCAGAGUUUGAUCCAGUCAUGCAAGAUCACCUACGGCUUAUUAAGGAUGAAUCAAUUCAAUAUCAUUAUCUUAGUCACAAAAUUCAGAAUGAAUUGAUUCAGAUGUUGGCUAGUGAAAAUAAAAGUGCAAUUGUCAAAAUAGUCAAAGGAGCAAAAUAUUUUUCCAUAAUACUUGAUUGUACUCCUGAUGUUAGUCAUGAAGAACAAAUGACUCUGGUACUUCGAUGUGUAGAUAUUUCAGCAGUGUCGGUAGCAGUUAAAGAGUUUUUUGUGCAAUUUCUGAAAGUGAAUGAAACAACAUGCUUGGGAAUUUUUAAUGUGCUUUGUGAUGCACUGAACACUCUUGAACUUGAUAUUGCUGACAUAAUAGGUCAAGGGUACGAUAAUGGGGCUAACAUGAAAGGAAAACACAAAGGUGUUCAAAGAAGACUACUUGAAGUGAAUCCGAGAGCAUUUUAUACACCAUGUGGUUGUCAUAGUCUUAAUCUUACACUUUGUGAUAUGACCGGCUGUUGUACUAAAGUUGAAUCAUUUUUUGGAGUUGUGCAACGCAUUUAUACUCUAUUUGCAUCUUCUACAAAGCGGUGGGAUAUUUUGAAACGUCAUGUGCAAGAACUUACGCUUAAGUCAUUGUCUCAAACUCGCUGGGAAAGUCGUGUGGAACGUCUUAAAGCUAUUAGAUACCAAGCGCCAAAAAUAAGAGAUGCAUUACUUGACUUGACAAAUAGUAGAGAAGACACUAAAACAAAGAGUGAAGCGAAUUCUUUGGUGACUCAUGAACUUGAGAAUUUUGAAUUCUUGUUCGGCAUGAUUAUCUGGCAUAAUGUGUUGCUUACCAUAAAUGUUGUUAGCAAAAUCCUUCAAGCUGAAGAUAUGGAUAUUGAUGUUGAUAUCAAACAAAUUAAGGGACUCAUUUCCUUUUUUGAGAAGUAUAGAGAAACUGGAUUUUCAGAAGUUAAGAUAGAAGCUAAUGAAAUUGCAAACACAAUGGGAAUUGAUCUAGUAUUUUCUGAAAACCGAAUCAUUCACAGAAGAAAAUAUUUCGACGAGAGUUCAAGUGAAGAGGUGUUGCAAUCAGCUGAAGAAUGCUUUAGGCUUGAAGAGUAUUUGAAAUAUGACACUUGUGAUAUUGACGGGGUGGAUUUAUCUAUGGAGUUAAAAGUUUUGCGAUUUAAUGUUGCAUCUGCUGAGAGAACAUUUUCAAAGUUGAAAUUGAUUAAGUCUUACCUCCGAUCAACCAUGUCGCAAGAGAGAUUGAAUGGACUAGCUAUGUUGUCGAUUGAGAAAGAUAUGGUUUAG